AUGAUGAACAAGAACAAGGUGGCUAAAGCUAAAUACGAGGAGGCUGGAACGUGGGUUUUUUGGGACAUUGAUGACUGUCCGGUUCCUAGAAGUUGUAAAUCUCAAGAAAUCGCUCAGAAAAUAAUCUCGGCGCUGAAUAAGCUGAACUACUGUGGUCCACUCUCCAUCUCUGCCUAUGGAGAUAUGAAUCACAUUCCUCCUUCCAUCAAACAAGCUCUCUCUUCCACUGGAAUCUUUCUUAAACACGUCCUGCCCAAUAUGUUUCGCUCACAUAUGUUUAAUGAAAUGUUGGAUUGGAAAUAUGAAAUUCCAACUCCGGCUAAUCUAAUGGUCAUCUCCCGUAGCGAACUACUCUCUAUCACUUUUGAUGAGCCGAAGGCGGGACACAACAUUCUUUUGGUACAUCAUCCACAUUCUUCAGAAGACAGUGUCGCUUUUGCAAAGACCAGAUGGCUCUGGAGAGGCUUAUUGGAAGAACCAUAA